UUGCCGAGAGAUAAAGUAGUCGUACAAGUUACAAACAAUUUGAGUUGUUCUUGUGAUGCGGUGACAGGUGAUUACACUAGAAAUGCUAGGCCAUGGAGAUUAUUUUUAUGGAUUAUGCGUCUUCCUACUGACUUUUGGUUGUCUGUUUGACAACAGUUCAGCUUAUCUCGACCGGCAGGAUUUAUCCAAGAGAUUUGGAGCGGCCUUGUUGGAACCAGAUUUGCCAUGGUUGUUGGAAAAUCGCAAUGAACGUUUGAAAUCCGAUGCAGAUUAUUCAGAUACGCCGUGGACCUCCAAUUUUGCCUAUGAUACCAUGGAAGAUCCAUUAUAUUCGGAAAUACAGCGAAGCAUGGAGUUACGGUCACGCAGGGAACUGGAUCUUACGAGGCGGACGCUAAACGGAGAGGCUGUACCCUAUGAAUUCUCAGAUGAGAAUCUUGACCCGGAAAUAGACACUAUUCCAAAACGAGUGAGGAGAGAUGACAAUCCAGCUGUGCCCUCUACUCCCAAAGGACUUCGAUCCUAUAUCGUUUGGAAACCAGUUGCCCUCGGAACUCUCUGUGUUCUACUGGUUGGCACUACAAUAGCCGCAAUCGUUGUGUACGUCCAAAAGAUUCACUUACCCAAGAAGGGAACAAAAGGAGAAGAUGAAAUGGGUGCACCGUUUAGUGACGGCCGAAGCCCACAUGGAAGUUUACUGGGCGAAACAACAUCACUGAGCCUAGAUGGUGAUCGUAAAUUGGCCCACUCAGCGCAAAUGUACCAUUAUCAACAUCAGAAACAACAAAUGCUAGCUGUUGAACGGGCCAGCGAUAAUGCGCAAGGCAGCGAGGAAGGUAGUGGAUCCGAUGUGGAAGAAGGUGACUUCACCGUUUACGAAUGCCCAGGACUUGCUGAGCCCAAUCAACUCGAACUUGAGAAUCCUUUAUACGAAGGGGAGUCGGCUAGUCAUGUCCCCAGUGCCCCUGAAGACUACGGUGGACGGGGUGAGGACGAGGUGGAAGACGAAUCCGAUUCCACGCCCACAGCUAAAACAAUGGAUCACUAAUCUUUGGCCCGAUCUGUUUUGGAUGAGUCACCGCCAUAAAUUCAUCUCGUCCUCUUCCUAUACAGUGUCUACGUCUUUGUCCCCAUUAUCGCCCCCGGAAAUUUUGACAACCAAAGUUUGUCAUGUCAGGUGUUGUCCUCGUCCAACGUCCAUACUGCCCAUAAGUACGUCGCCUACAGAGCAUUUUGUGAUUGAGUACAGACAGAGACCUAGAGAUAAAUUUGACUAUCAUCCACAUCGGGUAUCUCUGUGUCCAUAUUUUCUCUAAAAAAUCUUACCUAUCUACUUGUUUCGCGUGCCGCUUUGCAUCUGUCCUUAAGCAUUCAUCCAUUUCUUCGUAUUGUUAUAUGUACUGUUGAGGAA